AUGAGGGCUAAAGCAUGUACUCGGUGCCGCCAGUGGAAAGUUGGCUGCGAUGCUGACGUGGCAGGCCCUGAAGGCUGUACGCGUUGUCGCAAUCUUCAUCUCCUUUGCACUUUUGAUGGCAACUUCCGACGAACGCCAAAAAGGAAGCAGUUGGCAGAGCUGCAAUCUCAGGUCGCCGAACUGAGGGAAUUGACAAACGUUCUUUCAGCGGCAAAUGGUGCCAAUGCCGUCUCUUCGUCGUCCGCGAUAAUAUGUCCAUCAGUGACUCCGCCUUCCUGGCUCAACGCAAACGGAUCGGGUGGCAUUACUCUUUCGUCCGAGUCCGCCCUGCAGGGUCUCUGUAUUGCAGACAAAAGCAUCGGUGAUAUCCACCUCACCGCGACUCAUGUAAAUGAGUUGUUCCGCAUCUACUUCACACGAUGUCAUCCAUACCUUCCAUUCGCCCUCAAUCGGUCCAUCGAAUCAAUCUACGAGAGGAGCCCGACCUUGUUUUGGGUCAUUUGUGCGGUGGCAUCAACCGACACAGCACGUUCACAAUUUGAAAGUACGGUACGGCGACUUGUUGCUGAUGUCCUAAUCCCGACGGCGGGAAACGUCGAGACGGUCCAGGCUCUCCUCAUUCUAUGCAUGUGGCCAUUUCCUUUCACUUCCCAAAGGAACGAUCCAUCUUUUAUUCACGGUGCGAUUGCGACCCAAAUUGCUCUCAGCAUCGGCCUUCACCGCCCGAGUAUGGAUUUCGAUUCUAUCAGUGAAAGGAGCAUAGGAAAGGAAGACGAGGAAAUCAGAAAAACGACAUGGCAGGCAUGUUUUGUUGUGAACCAAAUUCAAGCCAGCAGGCGUGGUGUCCCCGCAACGAUUUUAGCAGAUUAUGCACUCCUGUCUUCAUUCGAUGAUGCAGCAGAGCUGUCUCAUCUCUGCCGUAUCUCACACUUGACCGUCGAGUCUGCGCAUGCGAUUGGAGCUCGUGGCUCUAAUGUGACUGGAUUGGUCGGACCGGCAACUCGAAUAAGUCUCAUCAAUAUUUUUGCAAAGCAAUUUGAUGAGCUCCGGAGAACACGCUUUCCAAAGCCUAGCGACGUCGUCGAGAUGUUUUUCUUGAGUUCGAGGCUCCAGCUAUGGUCAUUCGCAAUGCAUGAUGAUGUUCCCGUCUCCGCUGAUGCCGUUCAAAUUGUCCAUCGAGCCAAAGAAGACGCCAUCCGACUCAUUCAAGUCGCAUGUGAGAAAAACCUAUCUCUGGUGCCAUUUUAUACCUGUCGGUCAGUUUGCUAUAGUGUCCUCCUCCUGUAUCGCAUCAAAAUCGGCCCCUAUGCGAUGCAAGACGAUCUGAUCAAUCAUCAUAUCGAAAGAGCUCAACAGGCUCUCAGUUCGUCCAAAAGCCCAAAUUUCUUCCAAUUUCUGGCCACGGUUACAUCUCCGGAAAAUAGGGCCGAGUGUGUCCGUGUCAGCAGAGCCAAGGAGUCCUCGCAUCGCUCGAGGAUGGGCGCAUUCUUGGUGUUUGAUUCUCUGCGUGUGUACACAGACCUCCUCCAAACAAAUGUGAAUUUCCCUCCCGAGUUUCUGGACCUGGACGGCCUUUCCUGGACAGACAUUCAGUAG